AUGCGGCCCAAAUCUCAGCGUGCAAGCGGCAGCGACCCUAAUGGCAACGAGGCAAACGGGAUAGAGCCAUCAGACACAGCCAAGGCCGAGGACGAUGUGCCAGCCUGCCAGUCCUGUCGCAAGAAAAAGGCGCGAUGCGAUCGUGCUCAACCAUGCUCUCAAUGCGUCCGAUUCAAAGUCACCUGUGUUUACGAUGACAGGCGAAUGAAGCCCGGCCUUCGUGCUGGCGCUGUGGACCAGCUUUAUCGACGCAUCGAAACCCUCGAAAACAUGUUUCUUGGACAGGAGAUGCUCUGGCAACAAGUAUGGCAGUCGCUUCAUCCAGGCUCAUCUCUCCCAGAGCCGAUCAAAAACCCGACCGGAGAGACAGACUUGGAACAGCGACGUGAACAAUUGAAAGCCCACCUCCUUGAAUCUGUACCUCAGCAGGAGCGUGCAAACGGACAAAAAGCAUACAGUAAUAACGUGGAAGAUGCGGAAGCAACUUCCCGUCCAGCAAAGCGCCGAAGACUCAAUGAGAAUACCUCCUUGACUCCUUCAAUCGACAUUGACGAUGAUUUGACAGCGAUCUUGCCCCCCGAAGUUAUGACUGAAUUGGUCGACUUUUACUACGUUAAUAUCCAUCCCUGGAUUCCCGUCCUACAUGUGGCCAAGUUUCGGGAGCGGAUGCGAUCGCCGGAACAUCGCCCUAGAGUAACUUGUAUUCUCCAUGCAAUUAUCGCUGUUUGUGCCCGUUUUUCUCAAAGCGAAUUUCUACAAAAUGAGGAGUUCAAAGCACGAAUUGCCGAGAAGAGUCGCCAAAAAGUCAUUUUGGACAGUACAGAGUCUUUCUCUGUUGAGAACCUGCAAGCCCUCGUUAUUAUUGCAUUCGAAACUAUCGGUCGCGGUCGCGGGCCUUCCUCAUGGUCGAUUGUCGGAAGCAUGGUGGGGACGGUUGAACAACUGCAGCUGGGCGUUGAAGAGGACACUCUUUACCGAGGGACAAACCCAGGAGAGACUCUGAUUCGAAGAAUGGUCUUCUUGACCCCUUCAAAUUCAUGGAGCGAGGCGGAGGAACGCAGGAGGGUGUUCUGGACCGUUUUCCUGAUGGACAGAUUUUGCAGUGUCUCUACCGGCUGGAAGAUUAGUCUUACGAGUGCCGACGUGAAACGCCGUUUACCGUGUGAAGGUGCUCUGUGGGAGAGAGAACAGGCAGUUGAAGCACCCUACUUUGGUAUCUCAGAUUCAAGGGACAAUGCCUCUAGUAGCUCUAUCCUCAACGGAAAUCGAGCAUCGGCGAACUCUGAAGACCAAGAUGCCAUCGGUGGCUUUGCGUACAAUAUUGAAGCCACGGAAUCACUUGCCUUGGUGACAAACUUUUUUCUACACCAUGCUUUCAUUGUCAGUGAUGCCGAGAAGGCGCAAAUUUGGCUUAUGAAGUUCAAAGAAUUGGACUUGCGAUUGAUCCAAUGGAAAUUGUAUUUACCCUCGAAAUGGAGGGAAGCUUCAGUCCUCAACAGCGAUGGAGUCAUGGAUCCGAAUCUCACACUAGCUCAUAUCACUCACAACACUGCUGUUAUUCUUUUACAUCAAGGAAUAGCGUAUCCUCCAGCUCAUUGGCAAUCGUGUCCAAUCAAGCUCCCAUCCUCCUCAUCGGCAGAAACCUGUCUGGAAGCCGCCUCUGAGAUUGCGACUAUUGGUCAUCAAUUCUUGACCUUCUCGCCUAUAUUUACCAACCCUCAAUUUUCGUUUUGUCUUUUCAUCGCUGGAAGGAUGCUUUUGGCUCACGCGAGAUACAACGGCGUCUCGCUACCACCUGCAUUUGACACGCUUAUCGCAAGUCUACUAGAAAUUUCGCAACGUUGGUCUGGAAGAAGUGAAACAUCCAAUCCAGAACACGAAAAUCUAGCCUCCAGUUUUGCCAAGCGGCUUAUCGAGGCCCAGAAUAACUCGAGUGCCGCCCCUCGGCCGAGUCUGGAUAUCCGCCAAACAGCAUACUCAGACGAGUCGAAAGAGCAACCCGCUCAGCAGUCCACAUAUGGAGCCUCGCCUUCGCAAGGCGCAUUAUUCCUCCCCAAGACCGCAAAUGCAGUAUCUCCUGCAAGAUAUAUGAGCAGGGAAGCAUUCCAGGAAUCGUUCAAUCUUGAUCCGUUUAGCCUAGCAUUCCCACCACUGCCACCUGCCUUUCAACAAGACUUCCCUGUUCAUUCAAGAUCUGAUCCCAUGUCGGUCUAUGUCCAGGGCACUGGGAAUCAAGUAUCAUCACCUAUGAUGAUGGUUCCAUCUCAUCAGAAUUUCAACAUGUGGCAAGGCCCUGGUACACAUUUUGGACAUGGCAUUGUCAGCCCUCAAGAAGACCUAUCUCAGGUUUUCAGCCUGACUCCUAGUCCAGGUCAAAGGAUCAGUCGCUAUGGAGGGGCGCAGAUUGAUGUUCCAGUGGCGAAUGCUAAAAGUCCAAAUAUUUGA